GUGAGCAGCGCAAUACAUGUGUUGAAUGUUGUUGUAUUUUUAUACGAAGUUCAGAUUUAUUUGUAAAUAUUGUAUGUGAUAUUAAUCAGUUUAUGAAAUGAUUUGGCAAUUAUUUGUUAGUGUGGUGAUAUUAUAUGGAUUAGUGCUCCGAUGGCAAGCAAGACACAGAAUAAAGUUCGCUAAGUUAUAUAAAAACGACAUCAAAGCCGCGCCCAUACUUGGACAUUCAGUACAUUUUAUCAAAUGUAAAAAUAAUACUGAUCGAUGGAAAGUUCUGGAAAAAUUUGGUCGAGAAGCGGUGAAGCAGGGAGGUACGACAAUUGGAUGGAAUCUACACAGAUUAUACUUUAUUGUUGCUGAUCCAGUGGUAGCAGAGUGCGUUAUGAAACAUUGCCUAGACAAAGAUGAUUCAAUGAAACUAACAUUAGCUCUUAUAGGAAACGGCAGCAGCGUUGCUGAUGUACCAAUAUGGCGACCUCGACGCAAAAUUCUGGUAUCAACGUUCAGUCAGAAGAAUCUAUUGGCCUUCACAGACAUAUUCGCUAAAAAUAGUGAGAUCAUGGUGCAACAACUCCAAAAAGUAGCUGGAACGGGAAGCAUAUCAAUAUCUGAAUACAUAAUGGCUUAUGCCAUGGAUUCUGUUCGUGAAACUUCUCUAGGCUUAAAUGCUAAUUCACAACUGAAUCCAAACCAGGAUCUGAUAAAAGCAUUUGCGGGCAGCUGCACGCUCAUAGCAGAUCGCAUCAUGAAGCCGUGGCUUCAUUUCGAGCCGUUAUACAAACUGACUGCACAUCAUGCUAAAUACAUGGAGUAUGUGGACACUGUUCUUGGGUAUAUAAUGGAGAUGAUACAAGCUAAGCGUAAGGAACUCGCUGAGAAGAAAUUUAAUAAGAAAGAUGACGAAGACAAAGACCGCAUCAAAAGCUUCCUGGAACUCAUGAUAGAAUCUUCAGGAGGAGACAAGGGGUACACUGAUAAAGAGCUCUUGGAAGAGAUAAUGGUGAUCUUCACAGCGGGUACGGACACCUCAACACUUGCGUCUUCAUUCGCCAGCAUGCUACUAGCAAGACACCCUGAUGUCCAAGAAAAAGUCUACCAAGAGUGCAAAGACGUAUUUGGUGACUCGAACCUGCCAGUGACCGCUGAAGAACUCAGCCGGCUUAAGUACAUGGGCGCAGUCAUCAAGGAAACACUGCGUUUGUACCCUCCAGGACCAAUCUUGCUCAGAAAAGUUGACAAUGACGUUGUUCUUCCAUCAGGGGACACCCUACCAAAAGGCACAGGCAUAUUUGUGUCAAUAUUCGCUGCUAACCGCAACCCUCGCUACUGGGGAGACGAUGCGGACCAGUUCAGACCUGAACGGUUCAUUGACACGCAGCUCAAGCAUCCUGCUGCUUUUCUUUCAUUCAGUUAUGGGCCACGGAAUUGUCUUGGAUACCGCUAUGCAAUGUUAUCAAUGAAGUCCGUUUUAUCAAAUAUUGUUCGUCGGUUCCGGAUACUACCAGUCUCCCAAUCGGAGUUAGGAAAGCCACUGGAUAUAAAUUAUGACAUCAUGUUAAGAUCUGCUGAUGACUACAAAGUGGUCCUAGAAUCAAGAAUGUGA